GCUGAGCUGAGCUGAGCUGAGCUGAGCAGGACACACACGGACACCACCGGAGGAUUCUGUGUGCACAUGAUGAAGUCUGUCCUCUGCAGCCUGCUGUCCUGCGCUUCUCUGCUGCUGUCUGAUGUCCUGGCCACAUACCACCUCAGUGUAGGGGACCCUCAGCUCAUCUCCGCGCAGAGCUUCGCACAGAGCAGGAACAAUGGACGACCACCGCUCAGGACCCUCAAUCCUGCAAUUCACAGAAGUGACUACACGUAUAGAGGAGGGUAUCACUACCACUACCAGCCACCCAGGAUCCCUCCACCGGUAGUGUAUCCACCUUUUCCUCUGUCUCCUCCAGUGACUUACCACAGGCCCUCAGUCCCCGUGCCGCCCUAUCACCACAGAUUCAAAGGGCCACACAUGCACCACAUAUACAAAGGUCUGUCUCCACCAGUAGCUCACCAUCCCCAUCACAGGCUCAAAGGCCCGUUCCCUUACAAACUGAAGGGUCCAUGCCCCACACAGUCAGAGGCAACAGUGCCAACAGCACCUGUGGUACACCUCCCUACCGCCCCUCCGACUCUACCGGAGCCAACAGUGCAGCCAACUCUGCCAGCGACUACGGUGGCACCGCUGACAACCAUCCUGCCAGUGGUGGUGACCACUGUGCCGCCAGUGGAGACCACCGCUCCUGUGACGCUACCGGUCAGUACCCAAAGCGGCUUCAUCACCACCAUCAGUCCUGUGGAGACAGAGACAGACUCUCAGUGCAGGAGCCGGCCCCUGGACCUGGUCUUUAUCAUUGACAGCUCUCGCAGCGUGCGCCCCGGCGAGUUUGAGAAGGUGAAGAUAUUCCUGGCCGACAUGGUCGACACGUUGGACGUGGGCUCGGAAGCCACCAGAGUGGCUGUGGUCAACUACGCCAGCACGGUCAAAAUCGAGUUCCUGCUCAAAAACCACUUCAACAAACCGGACAUGAAGAAAGCCAUCUCCCGCAUCGAGCCCUUGGCGGCUGGCACCAUGACCGGCCUCGCCAUCAAGACCGCAGUUAACGAAGCCUUCACCGAGCAGUCUGGGGCCCGGCCUCGCUCCAGGAACAUCUCCAAAGUGGCCAUCAUAGUGACAGAUGGGAGACCUCAAGACCAGGUGGAGGAGGUGUCAGCUGCAGCUCGGGCCUCAGGCAUUGAGAUCUACGCUGUCGGGGUGGACCGUGCUGACAUGCGCUCCUUGCAGUUGAUGGCCAGCAUCCCUCUGGAUGACCACGUCUUCUAUGUGGAGACCUAUGGCGUUAUUGAGAAGCUCACCUCCAAGUUCAGGGAGACCCUGUGCGGUGUGGACCCCUGUGCCAUGGGACACGACUGCGAACACAUAUGCGUCAACAGCAAUGCCUCGUAUUACUGCCAGUGCCGGAACGGUUAUAUCUUGAAUGCGGACAAGAAAACAUGUUCCCUGAAACAGGUGAAGGCGGUGGUGGUGGUGGAGGAUCCCUGUAAAUGUGAAGCCAGGCUGGCCUUCCAGAAGCAGACACAGGCCGCCCUCCAGCAGCUCACAGCCAAGCUAUCUGAUGUGUCUGGGAGAAUCGAGCGUCUGGAGAACAUGGUGGGCCGUGCUUAAAGCUGCACACUGUGGUAGGUGUUGAGAGACAGCUCGCCGGUUUACAUCGUGGACGUGGACAUGUGUUUCCUGUCAUCCACCCUCCCAGAACUACUGUAUGGACUUCGACCACAGAUGGAGUGAAGCUGUGAUUCCCCAUAGUUACUGACUGUAGUGACUGAUGAGUAACAGUAUCUGUUGUUGAAUGUGGGCAUUAAAUGUUAUGUAACCAAAGAAAACAAGUAUUAUUUUCAGUAUUUCUCAUGUACUGUAUCGUGUGUUUUGUGUUCUUUGUACAAAUUUGCAUAUUGUAUAUAGUUUUUUUUAUAGAAUAUCAUUGUAUUUACUUAGUAACCGACUUUAAUAGAAAAAUGACCUUAUACUAUGAAGCAUUCAACCAGUAAAAUGUUUCCAACUUUAAAUAUUUUUGCUUAUUUUUUAUUAUAUACUCUCAUUUUCAACAAUUUAACCAUUGAAAUUUUCAUUGUUACAGGUUGUUUCAUGAUGAUAAAUGUUAAAUUUGUGUGUCUGUGAAUGUUAUCAGAUGACAUGUAACCAAGCACAUAAAUUGGGCAAUAAAGUAAUCACUACAGAGGA